AGAGGGAGAUAAAGCUCAGCAGCUGCUUUGUGUGCACACUCAGCCUGCAGACUCCUCCUCGCUGCCUCCCCUUUCUCCUGGAGCUCCCGCCCCCUUCCCCUCUCUCCCUCUCCAGCAGUAGGUACAUGUCGGAGAGCGACAGCAAGGAAAACAGUUCAGGGCAUGAGCCAAAGGCGCACACACCCACCAGUCGAGACUGCAUAAUUCAACGGAUCCUCUGCUCUACGCUUGUCUGGGGUACGGCACACACUCUCACAGCAGCUCACAUAGAUUAACUUCCAGGAAAGGUCCUGCACUCUCACGUUUAGUCACUUCAGCGGGCUGAAGUAGAGGCACUUGCACAGCUAAGCCAGUGACUCACCCCGUCUGCACCUCUUGCUGAGCCAGAAUCACUAUGGAAACCCCAGGCCAAAUGCGAACCACUCGCACCACCACCACCACCACAAUCUCUCCAGCCCGCAUCACCCGACUGCAGGAGAAAGAGGAGCUGGGCAACCUCAAUGACCGGCUGGCGCAGUACAUUGACAAGGUGCGCACCCUGGAGCUGGAGAAUGCCGCGCUGCGGGUGCGCGUCACUGAGUCCGAGACCUCGAUCGAGCGGAGUCAGUCGGGUAUGAGGGCGGCCUAUGAGACGGAGCUGGCCGACGCCCGCAAGACCCUGGACCAGGUGGCCAAGGAGCGAGCACGCCUGCAGCUGGAGCUGGGCAAGAUCAGGGAGGAGCACCAGGAGCUCAAAGCCAGAAACUCUAAGAAGGAGUCGGAGCUGGAGGCCGCUCUGGUCAGGCUGAGGGACCUGGAGGCCCUGCUCAACUCUAAAGAUGCUUCCCUCAACACUGCCCUGGGGGAGAAGCGAAGCCUGGAGGUGGAGGUGAAGGACCUCAAAGCCCAGCUGGCAAAGCUGGACGGCAGCUUAGCUGAUACCAGGAGGCAACUGCAGGAUGAGAUGCUGAGGCGAGUGGAUGCAGAGAACCGCCUGCAGACCCUGAAGGAGGAGCUGGAGUUCCAGAAGAACGUCCACAACGAGGAGCUGUCUGAGACCAGGCGCCGGUUCGAGAGUGAGACGGUGGAGAUCGACAGCGGGCGGCAGCUGGAGUUUGACCACAAGCUGGCCGAGGCUCUUGCUGAGAUGAGAGCCCAGCAUGAAGACCAGGUCCGUCUCUACAAGGACGAACUGGAGAAGACCUACAACGCCAAGCUGGAAGACGCCCGUAAGUCUGCCGACAGGAACAGCCACCUGGUGGGAGCUGCCCAUGAAGAGCUGCAUCAGAGCCGGGUUCGACUGGAGGGCAUGUCGGCUCAGCUCAGCCAGCUGCAGAAACAGCUGUCGGCCAGCGAGGCCAAGGUUCGGGAGCUGGAGGAGACGAUGUCACGGGAGCGGGACACGAUGUGGCGACGACUGGAGGGUAAAGAGCGGGAGAUGGCCGAGAUCCGAGCCCGCAUGCAGCAGCAGCUGGACGAGUACCAGGAGCUGCUUGACAUCAAACUGGCUCUGGACAUGGAGAUCAGUGCUUACAGGAAGCUGCUGGAGGGCGAGGAGGAGAGGCUGCACCUGACUCCCAGCCCGACGCCCAUCAAAGUCACCGUGACUCGGACCUCUGGCUCGACCAUCGGCCACACAAGCCGCCUGCUGCAGUCCUCCAGUGCCGGUUCGACCAACGGCCAAUCCAGCCGCCAGGUGCAGUCCAGCGCCACUGCCUCCAGCAGCCGCAACUCCUCCGGCAAGAGCGUGAGUAAGAAGCGCCGCCUCAACGACAACGACAGCGAGACGUCCAGCAUGGCGGGGGGCACCGUGACCAAGACUCGUAUCAGCCAGCAGGCCUCGGCCAGCGGGCGAAUCACCGUGGACGAGAUCGACAUGGAGGGAAAGUAUGUCCGUCUGAGCAACAAGGCUGACGAGGACCAAUUGCUGAGCAACUGGCAGGUGAAGAAACAGGUCGGGAAUGCCACCCCCAUUGUCUACAAGUUUCCCCCGAAGUUCACUCUGAAGGCUGGAGGCACUGUGACUAUCUGGGCUGCGUCUGGCGGUGGAACCCACAACCCUCCGACUGACCUGGUGUGGAAGAGCCAGAACUCCUGGGGCACCGGCGACCAAGUGCAGACCAUCCUCAUCAGUGCCAGCGGAGAGGAAAUGGCCAUGAGGAAAGUGACGCGCACCCUGUUCCAAGACGACGAUGAUGAUGAAGACAUGGGAGCUCACAGCACGAGCUGCGUAGAGAACGAGUACAACCUGCGCAGCCGCACGGUCAUCUGCGACCACUGCGGGCAGCCGGAGCGCACCGGUGGUUUACCUGAAGGCCUCCUGGGGCAUUGCUCCUUCAUGGGCAACAACGAACCCAGACAGGGCCGUAUGAAGCCGGAGAACUGCUCCAUCAUGUAAAAACCAGACAGCACCUCCUCACCCGAACCCACCUCCUCCUGUCUCCCACACAGGAGAAACACUUUUCUACCACCUUUAUUUUUUUAUACGACAGUGUCUUGUUUUGUAUUCAAUGUGUAGGUUAGUUGCUUCCAGGUUUCGGCAGAGGGCACAGGAUUUUCAUACUCGGCUUUCGUAUAUCCAGCUUAUGUUACUGCAUGUGCGCUGACGCUCGUACUGUACGCCGCUCUGCUUGCACUCUCUCACAAACACAUUGAGCACUCCAUUGACCAGCGCUCGCGCUUUAACCGAGCCGGGGUUUCACAUUUAAUGGCCUGGCUGUCAACACUCAACACGCACACCUAGUGAACCCUGUCAGGAACACAGCCAUACAGCCGAGAGCAGAGGAUGAAUCCUGCAGGGCUCGAUAAUCAGACGCUUCUCCUCACAAGUAGGGUUUACAAUUAGAAUAGAACGAGGAGCAGUAUUUACAUUCUACAGCAAAGUGUCCAAAGAAAACCCAAAGAAUGAAAUCUCAGGUUUUUUCUUACCGCAGCCUUAAAUUUCUGUUUUUUGUUUUUUUUUGUGGGAUUUAGAUGAUGCUGUCAGGCAGCUGUGACACACUCAGAGAAAAUAAUUAUUUAGAUGAAUAUAUUUUCAGCUCGCCCCAGAGUAAUGUAUUUGGUUAUAUUUUCGAGAAUAUAUGCAAAUAGAAUUAUUGUGCUGGAUAAUAAUAAUUAAUGAAGUGCUUCUUUAUAGAAUUAGUUUUGUCACUGAGGACGUAUCAGGAAUGUUUUUGCUGAUAAAUAUGAUGCAUAUAUAGAUGUUGAAUUUGCAGGAUUUCUCAUCUAAUUCCUCUAAUUCAAGACUAUUCUAAUAGAGACGCGUUAUCGCUGCAAUAGGAGAACAGCUUUUUACGGGUUAAAUUUACAGAUGUGCCUUCAGAGGACAGAGAAAGCAUCACAUGCCUCGAAUCGCCGUCCUCCGAUUUGUGUUGCUCCUAAAAACUGGUCAUAAAGGCUUUUGUCUUUCUUUCCGCUCAGCUUUUCUGCCAUUAUUUUGGGGUCUAAGCAGGACUGUGGGGUUUGUACGACUUUGUGACUUCGGCUUCACGCGCUGCUUUUAUCGAGGACCUCGCCAGCUAUGCACAGCAGGUAGAUUUGUACUGUAGUCUGGCAGCUUCAGCCAUUUAUACUCCAGUGAAACGCAUAUCAAAGCAUUUACUGAAAUACUUGAUAGCUGAUGGUUUUUUUUGUUGGUUUUUUUUUGUUGGUUGCGAUUAUACCUAAUAUAUGGCAUUUCGGCCAAGUUAGAUUGGACUUUUUUGCCUUGAGCAGUUUUCACAUUAUGAUACCAAAGUGCCUUUAAAAGUCAGUGAUAAACGGGAGAUAAACAGCCUGUUUGGCCUCUGUGACACUGAUUUAUCUAAUAUCUCAAUUGCAGUAUAUAAUUAUUGUGCAAUAUAUGCACAACUGAAUCCUCCCACUCAGAACAGUUACAGGGUGUGUGCAGGGUGUUUCACAGGCCUGUCUGACUUAUUAUAAACUACAACACUGCAGAAAAUACUCACAAACUCCUGCUAAAACUACAGAUGUGCAGACUGUCUAAGGCCUUUGUAAACUCCUAAGCCCUCCCUGUUUUUAGUCUUGGUGGAGGUCUCAUGAAUCAUUUGAAGGACGUCACCCAAAGCCAUUGAUACCAAAGCUGUAAAAAAAUAUAGAUAAUUUUUUUGGUCAAAUUAUGAUGCUAUUCACAUUAUGAAAAAAGCCAUGCAUUGAGUUGAUGUAAUAGUUCUUUUUCUAAAAUAAUGCUGAGUAAAACUUAUUUUUUCCAAUGA